GUCAUAGGUGAUUUUCAGACGGCGUACUAGUUUCGCGCCAGCGUUUUCGCGGGGAGAGGAAACUACACUCGGAGUCAGAGAGAAAGAAAAUACGUAAACUAUUGCUGAAAUAAGAUAAUAUCGCGUAUACUUGUGGUAUAUUAUUGGCGUUCAUGGUAUCAUUUUCUUUGAUCGUUUGUGUUCUUUCAGGAAUUGCAAGCAGUGUUUGAGUGAGGAACCAGGAUGAUGGCGAUGGUGCCUUCGACCAGCUCGGGUCUCCUUCCUCUGCUGGAAUCUCUGGAGGAUAGCACAGCUGGACAACCGGAGCAGACAGACGCCUACCUCACUAUUGCCAAUCGUCUCAGUGGAGAUGAUGGAAAGCAAUUCCUCCCUGCAGUAGUAAAGCACUUUCCACGUUUGGGUAAAACUUUCCAGACCCAUAUCUCCAGUCAGAAUGCAGAGCUGAGCCAAGCUGCCCUGCAGGCCCUGGGGUUCUGUGUGUUUCAUGUCCACGUUGUCUCUGCUAUCUCAGCUAAUUUUGCAGAGGAGAUAUUGUCAGCACUUUCCUCUCUGGUGGUGAAGUCCACAGACAAGAACACAUGCACACGAGCAUUAUGGGUAAUUUCCAAACAGAACUUCCCAUCAGAGGUGGUGGCCAAGAAGGUUCCAGAGAUCCUGAGGGCCCUGGAGUGUGUGCAGACGAGAGAAGACAUCCAGUCUGUAGUUAUGGAGCACGAGUCUCUGAAUGUUGUCAUAAGUUUGUUGGAGCAGGCCUCAGCCCAGAUGGGUGAGGAUGCAGUACAGUGGGCCAAGCUGGUCAUCCCCCUGGUGGUCCACUCAGCUUCUAAGGUGCGCCUGCGGGCGGCAGCAGCCCUGGAGAUGGGCCUGCCUCUACUUCUGGAGAAACAGAAGGAGGUGGCUGCCAUCGUAGAACCUCUCAUGUCCUCAAAACUCAUCCCGGAGCUCCAGAAACUGUUCUCCACGAAGAACGAGACCAACGUGCUGAAACUCUGGCCGUUGUUUGUCAGGCUCCUGGGGAAGCUGCUCCAUAGAGGUGGCCCCUUCAUCAACUCCCUGCUUGGCCUGGAGGAACUGGGCUUCCGUAGCUCCUCCCCAAACAUCAAGAAGAUCGCCUUCAUCGCUUGGAAGAGCCUGAUUGACAAUUUCGCGCUCAACCCAGAGAUCCUGUGCAGUGCCAAGCGUCUAAAGUUGCUGAUGCAGCCCCUCAGCUCCAUCCAGGUGAGGACUGAGGCCCUCCUGCUCACUAAGCUGGAAGUCUGGUGGUAUCUGGUGGUCAAACUGGGAGCCAACUUGUCCGCACAUUUUGAACAGGUUGGUGUACCUCUCCUCCAGUGCACCCUGGGCCCUGACUCGGCCCUGCCAGCCACUCCUUCCAGGAGCUCCAGCCAGUGCAGUGCUGUGGGGACCACUACUCCCAAAUCUGGUUCCCCAGCGUUCUCUAGCUCUACGGUACCCCGUCUGAACCUAAACACCAGUGUGGUGGUGGCUCAAGCCUACCCCUCCAUCCAGCUGCUGGGACUAGAGAUGUUGUUGCACUACUUCCUGGGGCCAGAAGUCACAACCACCGCAGCCAAGAACAAGCUGACGCUCAGCCUGGAACCCAUUUCUCACCCCUUCCUGUCCAGCCCCUUCUCCUUCACCAAGCACGCCCCUCUGCUGAUCACUGCUGUGCGCGACAGCUUCAUCUGCAUAGGCAAAGACGCCCCAGAUGCCUUGCUUGCCCUUAUAUGGCAGAACCUCGUCAGUUUCGUAAGCACUACGAUUGAUGCUGCAGGCAAUAAGAAGGAAAGGCAGGGCUCUGAGGUGCUGACCUUGCUGCUACAGGCUCUACAGAGCAUCAUCUCCUCAGAAGCCCUCCCUGCACACAGGGCUCUGAGUCUGCUGGAAUUGACAGUGAAGGGAAUCCCUCAGAGAGUACUGGGAUCUGCCUCUUACCAAGUGGGCAAAAUGGAUGUACUGAAUGGAACCCCAGCUCUGUUCCUGGUUCUCCUGUUCUACAACCACAGUCUGGUGGCAGGCUUUGUAGAGGAUGAGAGGUUCUUCCUGUGUUUGGAGACACUGGUGAGCUGUGGUCUGUCCGGCCCCACGUCCCCCCUGGCGUUUGGGGAGGCGGUCCUGGGGGCGGUUGGGCGCAGCGCGGGGACUCUGGGGAACAAAGAACAGCUUUGGAGGAUGUGGAGCCUGGUGGUCAACCCGCUGACUGACACCAUCACACAGAGCAAUGAGGUGAACCAAGGAGACGCUCUGGAGCACAACUUCAGUGCUGUGCUCACUGCCCUGAUGUUCCCCGUCACAUACCUGCUACCUGGCAAGGUUCUGCCACAGAUGACUCAGAAGUCCAUGCUGGGUACGUGGUGCAGGCUGUAUAAGGUGUUUGCCCGCUGCUCUGCCCUGGUGGCCACGGCCGAGGAGAACGUGUGCUGUGAGGAGCUGUGUGUCAAGAUGGCUGCCAUAUUGGACAGAAAGGCCCUGAAGGUUCCAUCAACGUUGCAUGCGGCUGCUAACAUCCUCCUGGUCAUCGCUGAGAGUGCAGACUUCUCUCCCUACACACCACAGUUUCAGCAGAAGAUGAAAUCUCCCCACACCCCUCUAACCUGGGUGCGUAAGAAAAGCAAGGCGCUGGGGAACCUGUCUACCUUCCAGACCCUGCUGGUUCAAUCCCUUGAGACCUUCAAUGAACUGGAGGUCCCUGAGACGGUCCCUAAUGGUACAGGCCUGGCCCUGGUCUCCAUCCUCUCGAUCUUGUUCUCUAAUCUGUCUCUGGGUACAGCCAUCCAGGAGGCCCUGGCCUCUCUCUCACAUCCCCUCGUAGCCCUCUAUGAACAGGCUGGGAGGACUCCAAAUGAGCAGCGCAAAUGUACCUCAAAUCUUGGAGCAAAGCUGGAGAAGCUCCUGAGUGAUGUCUUGGGGUGCCUGCAGAUCCGUUCAGCCCUGGCCUAUGAUGAUGAGCUGCUGGCCCUGCUAUCCCCCUUGCUCUGUGUCCUGUUCCUCCAUCGGCGCAAGCAGGUCCGCUCCUUAGCUACACAGUUCUGGAAUGCAACCUUCGCCAACACUCUGGUCCUCGUCUAUCCAGAGGAACUCAAGCCGGUGUUGAGCCAGGUGAAGCAGAACACUCCUAUCCUUCUACCUGGAUUUCAGUCUGUUGAAGUUCCAGAUGAGCUCAGUGGACAGUACUCGAGUGAGAGCUCUCAGCUGGAGACCAAACUGAGUGGAAUACAGGUCACUUCUGGGGUGAAGAGAGACUCUCUACUGCCCAGGGCUGAGGAGAUGAAGGACAGGAACUCCAAGACCUCUACCAAGCUCGUCUCUACAAAACUUGACUUUGGUUCUCACAAGCUGCCUCGCAGAGAGGAACUGGAGGAGCAGGCCUCGAUAGACUUUGUGUUCAUCCCCCCUGAGACCAAGGAGAGAGUUCUCACUGAGCACCAGAAAGAGGUCAAGAGAACCAAAAGGGUUGACAUCCCUGCCAUGUACAAUAACCUGGAUGCUUCCCUUGAUACCACAGUCUUCACCCAGUACACACAGAGUCAGGAGGAAUCACUGGACAAAUUACCAGCAGAUGAGCAAGCCGAAGAUGCCGCUAAAGAUGAGGGUAAAUCAGAGGGUAACGUGGAAAUGGAUGAAGCUUCUGAGGUUUUGGCAAAAGACACCCAGGAAUAUAUCAGUCCAACCAGUGAGAUGGCAGAACCGGCAAUGGAAGAGGAGCCUGCUGAGGAAGUAAUUCUUGAGUCUGCAGAUGUUUCCAUGGAGGAUGCCAACGAAGACGUUCCAUUGGAGGACUCCGAUGUUCCCAUGGAGUCUAGAGAAGAGGGCACCAGCCCCAAUGUUUCUGGCGGCUCUGAUAUCAUCUCAGGGACGCCUAAGAAACACAACAGUCGUCGCCAGUCCUUCAUCACUCUGGAGAAGUAUGCUGAGGGGAAGCCUGCUAGUCCUGCCAGCGUGGUGAAGUUUACAGGCCCCCUCACCAGGACCUCGAACAUCCAGGAGCAGGAGCCUGCCUCUCAGAAACCAUCGGCAGAGACUGAGGCUGACACAGACCGACAGGACUCCCAGGAGACUGAACAAGUAAGACACAAAAGCUCUAGGAAUGAGUCUUUCCUAAAGGAGGGAGAGGAACACAAAUCUUCAGAAAACAAACAGGAAUCUGAAGUUGAGAUACUCUCUGAGAAACGGUCAAGUGAAACCACAGAGGACGAUGUCAUCCCAGACACCCAGUCUCAGGUGGAAGUACUGAAGGAAGUUCCUGCAGUUGAAGAAGUAAUGGGAAACAACAGUCAGGAAGAAGAGGAAUCUAAUGGUCUUUUGGAAGAUUCUUCCAGCUCCCAGUCCACUCCGAGCCAAGGUGAACCAAGGCGGUCCGGACGGCGGAGGAGUAGGCCGCUGAGACCAGGAGAGGACGCAGAGGAACGAGAUGAUAAAGACAAACGGAGGAAGACGUCUCAACCUGGAGAGGAGGUGAGUCAAACUGAUUCACCAAAGACUACUCCCUCUCCUGCCAGUCCAACUGAUAGUCAGUCACAAGGUAGAGCCAGCAGGAGAAGUAAGCUGGCUGUUGAGGAUGGUGGAAAAGACAAGCUGAGAAGGAGAAGUCACAAGGAAGUGAGUGAGUUGAGUCAAUCAAAUUCACAGGUUGCCACACCUUCACCUGCCGGUGAUAGCAACAGCCAAACACAGGGUUGGAGGAGUAACAAAUUGGCCAGGGAACAGAAGAAGAGAGGUGUUGCAAAGAAAGAGCUCAGUCAAAGUGACUCCCUAACGGUCACUGCCUCUGAUAAUGAUAGCCAAUCACAGAGUAGACGUAGUCAGAGGAGUAAGCUGGCUGUGGAAGUAGAGGAGGAUGGCAAUCAGAAACGAAAGGGUAGUAGGGCUCAGAAGGAGAAGCCAAGUCAAACAGAUUCACAUGUAGCCACACCAUCUCAACUAGAGAGUCGGUCACAGGGUAGAACAAGCAGGAGCAAGGCCAUCAGUGAUUCGGAGGAGUUUGAUCUCCUAGACAAGGUUGAAAAGCACGAUCCUACUGAGGAGGAGCAAAGCCAAAGUGAUUCUCAGAUGGCCACACUGUCUCCUGCUUCUCAAACAGGAGAUACACAAUCACAGGGUCGAUCAAGCAGGAGGAGUAAAUUGGUCACAGAGUCUGAAGAACAGGGUAAAGACAAACAGAAGAGAAGAGUUGGCACGGAAAACACACUCAGUCAAAUUGACUCAAAGAUCACCACACCUUCAGCCACAUCUUCAGCCACUCCAAAAUACAGCCAGUCACAGGGUAGAGCAAGCAGGAAAAGCAAGGUGCCCCUCGAAGUGGCUGAGUUGGAGGACAAAACAAGUCCAAAUGUGGCUACUGAUUCAGCAGCAGCACCCGAGAUGAGCCAGACUGAUUCUCAGGUCACUCCUUCCGCCACCAGACAAACAGACAGCCAGCCGAGGCCCAGAGGCAGAUUCAGUAAGAGAAGCAAGUUAGAGGAACAGGUGAAGGCCAGCAGCAGCCCUAUGCAAACCCCUACCAUAGCGACUGAGAGCUCCCAGGUGGCAGACCAGGCUGGAACACAGGAAUCCCCCCAAGGAAGCAGGAGGACUACGAGACAGAGAGCUUCCCAGGGCUUACUGUCCUCCAACGUGGAGAACUCGGAGUCAGACGCUUCAGAGACCCGGGAGGAUGCCCAGAAACCCAAGAAGAGAGGCAGGAAUCCCAAAUCCACUGAAGGUCUUCCAAGCCCACUUGCUGCUGUUGGAUCAGGAGAGCCCGGGGCUUACCAAGAGAUCCCAAUGGAUAGUUCUGAAUCUUCUCUAAAGUCUGAAUCUGAAAAGUCAGACUUGCAUAACCCAUUGAGUGAGGCCUUAGAAGUUAAGAUUUCUCAGGAUGUGGAUGAAACCAUUAAAAGUAUCAACUCCCUUAAACCAGAUAUGGAUGUUCUGAAACUUCCUCUGAUAACAAAGAACGAUAUGGGGCAGAGGGAGGCUAACACUGAGAUGGUAGAUAUAGAGGGUGAGUGUGAGAAUACUAAGCUGCCUUCUCAAUUGAUCGACUCUUCAUUAAAACCUGAUCUAGAACAACUGAAGAGUCAGUAUUUGUGCAUAUCCCCACAGAAGAACCUCAAAACAGUCUCUUCUCAGGAGGGUGUCCAUAGUGACUUUGGGUGUGAAGGGCCAACACGGCUCCAAAAUAAGCUCCUCACUGACUCUGAGCAGGCCAACUCUCCAGUGCCUUCCGCUGAUGGAAAUUCCGUCUCGGGAUAUGAAAGUGUAUUACUUGAACCAAACAAACUAUGUACCCCUCCCAUCUCCAAUGGACUCCCCACAGAUACUUCACCCAGCGACGCUGCAGAGGAGAAACUGAGCCUGAGUCUACAGGUUGCUGAGUCUUCAGGGGAGAAGCUUGUAGAUGUGCCUAAGCCUGUGACUGUGUCCAGUGAGGAGGUGACAGAGGAGCAGAUGGGAGAAGACAAGGAGAACCGACAUCCAGAGUCUACUAACAAUGUUCUAGAGGAGGACCAACCAGAAGAGGAUGUUUUCAUGUCUAUUGUGCAUACCCAACCAGAGGGUUUCAAUGCCUUCGAUGAGGAGCAACAGGAGGAGCAGUACACAUGUAUUAAAGAAGGCCAGCCAGAAUCUGAUAACCCCUCUACUAGGACCAAAGAAAAUGACACCGAGCCUCAGGCGAACGACGCUCAAGAUAUCACUCCUCUCCAAGAGAGGGCAAAAAUGGAUACGGUUCCAGGUCUUGAGUGUGAAGAAGAGGACGGUGAAGAAACUCAGAUAGACAAUAACGACCUAGCUCUACAUCCUCUAGACUCUGCUGACCCUCUGACCUUCGACACUAGCGAAGCACCAGUGGCUCUACAUCAUCCCAGUACUUCUAAAGACGUGUUGUGCCAAGAUUCGCCUCCCAAGCAGAAGAGUUUGGAGGCUAUGAUGGGUUUGGAGGUGGGCCAGAGCCCCAGCAGUGGCAGGAUCAGGGGUAUGUGGACCCCCUCAGCCUCCCCCUCCACCUCUAUACUGAAGAAGGGACAGAAAAGACCAAUAGAAGAGGAGAGUCCUUCACCUUUCACUAAGUCUCGACGAGUAUCAUUUGCCGACCCAAUCCAACACCAGGAGCUGGCUGAUGACAUUGACCGUCGCAGCCCUGUCAUCCGAUCCAGCUCCCCAAGAGCCAAAACUACCAGCAGCAGCAUCACUCAGCCUAAGUAUAUCACAACACCAACAAAGGGCCUACUGAUCCUUAGUCCACGCAAUCUCUGCAGCCCGGGGUACAAGAGCUCCAAGAAAUGCCUGAUCUCAGAGAUGAGUCAGGAGCCAAGGCCCAUCCCUAAGGACUGUGUGUACCCGGCCCUGGUCAGCUGUUCUACGCCUGUGGAGGCGGUGCUGCCUCAGAUCACCUCCAACAUGUGGCCUCGUGGUUUUGGUCAUCUUGUGCGAGCCCGUAAUAUCAAAACGGUUGGAGACCUCAGUGCUCUCACACCAAGCGAAAUCAAGAACCUUCCCAUUCGCUCCCCAAAGAUCUCUAAUGUGAAGACAGCACUUAAAACAUACCACGAACAGCAGCGGAAGGGCCGUAGUGAUGAGUUGAAGAGUUUUGAAGAGAUGGAGAACAUGACAUCAGAGCAGGAGGAGCCAACCCUUCCUCGGAACCAGGAAGAGGAGGACAAGACUCCUGGAGAGGCCCUCGCCACAGAGAUGUUGGAUGAGCCAGUGUCCAUGGAGCAGGGUCCAGAGGAGAGACUGGACCAGAGCAGGCCUGACCACCAGAGACCUGAGGGGGAUCUUCUGUUGGAGGUGGAGUCCCUGGGAGCUCGUCUAGCUGGGGAGGAACUGAGCCGCUGCUCCCCUGACCAGCUUGUUCAGCUCCAUGAUCAGCUGGGAGGGAUGAUGAAGAAUGUAGUGGUGCAGCUGCAGAGCAGACUACUUUCUCAGAACAAGGACAGCGGACCCUGAUCGAAACGGUCUACGGGGUUUGGAUAUCUUAAGAAUGCCCGAUGUGACGUCUCUUGAGGGUGCCUAUUGACAUUUGUGGGGGGCGGAACAUUGGUGUUUGAAUUUUUAGAGAUCUUAUAGAGAUUUUUUUUAUAUGGGCCCCUCAGCCCCCAUGGACUUCGAACCUGAACACCCCAAUCGCGGUUUCUCCUAUUACACUCUUAACAGAGUUAAUCAGGACUGUGCUACAAGUUGACUAGGAUCUAUGUUUUUAACUUCUGUUGUUUUUGUCCUUUUUCCAUGUCCUCUGAUGGGUGAGGGAGGUAUUUUAUAAAUGCUCACUACUUUACUUUUCUUUUUAGUCUGAAAGGUUGGGUGGUGAUGAUGAUGAUUUAACUGUCGCUAUGGUAAGAGUGAAAGGGAAGCCCGUCUCUGAUUGGCUGUUCCAAGACUUUGCCAUGAAUUGACUUUUUAGCAAUCAAUGCUGGCCAGGAGGGUGGCACUUUUUAUGUACUUAAAUAAAGGAUGCAAAAACUUA